CUCUUCCCUCUUGGUCUCCCAGCCGGCGGUGGCAGAGAGGGAUUUUAACUCGGGCUGCAGAUGCAGGGAACAGGGCUGCAGACUGAAAGAGACACUGGUAGUCCGUAGGGAAGUUGUGGAGAGGAAGCUCGGUGCAAAAAUUCUGCAUAUUCAAAGGAGUUUGGAAUUUGUUCUAGGACGCCCCGGGCGGUAAAAUUAAAUUUUAGGAAAGUUUACUUUUCGGGUUACAAUCCGUGUGGUGGUCAUGGGUUCCCAGCGGACACUCCGGGCCAGCCGGACAGCGCUGCUUCUGGCGGGGCUGCUAGUGGCUCUGUGGCAGCGAUGCGCCGCAAGUUGCCCGGAGAAAGACUUGGAGGACAGGGAAGAGGAGGCCAACAUAGUUUUGACCGGCACCGUGGACGAAAUAAUUAACAUGGACCCGGUGCAUAAUACAUAUUCUUGCAAGGUCAGGGUGUGGCGUUACUUGAAAGGGAAGUCCAACAUCAACCACGAUAUUCUCUUGGAUGGCGGCAACAAGUUGAUGAUCGGCGGGUUUGGCAACCCUGGGAUCUGCGACAACCAGGUAGCUACGGGUGACACUCGCAUAUUCUUUCUCAACCCUGCUCCGGAGUCCAUGGGGCCAGAACACAAGACCGAACUUAUGCUCAACUCAAGUCUGAUGAGGAUUACCCUGCGUAACCUGGAGGACGUGGAGCACUGCGUGGAAGACAAACCUCCUCACUUCACACCGGCUCAGCCUCCUGAUGGCUGCAGAGGAAUGUUGUGUGGCUUUGGCGCUGUAUGUGAACGUGACCCGACUGACCCGGCCAAAGCUGAGUGUUUUUGCAAGAGAGUGGAUUGUCCAUCCUUGGUGGCGCCUGUUUGCGGCUCGGAUUCCUCCACCUACUCCAAUGAGUGUGAGCUUGAGAAAGCCCAGUGCAACACACAGCGACGCAUUAAGGUGCUGCGCAAGGGACCCUGCUCUCUGAAGGACCCCUGCAAUGAGGUGGCCUGCAGUUAUGGAAGCACCUGUGUCCAGUCUUCAGAUGGCUUGUCGGCUAAAUGCAUGUGCCCCCUCGGCUGCGAGGGCAAACCCAAGCAGACAGUGUGCGGCAGUGAUGGAAAGGACUACCGCAACGAGUGUGAGCUCCAUCAGAGCGCCUGCAAGAUUCAAAAGAACAUACGAGUGCAAUAUCAAGGGCACUGCGACCCAUGUAAAGACAAUGAGAACAGUCUGAACACAAUGUGCAGGGUGGAGGCUCUCACCCGCCAGCCCCUUAUCUUUGGCUCGCCAUCUUCGUGCCCCCCAGCUAAUGAGCCUCUGUGUGCCAGCGACGGCCAAACUUACCCCAGCGAGUGUGCAAUGACAGCAACGGCCAUGCAGAAGAACAUCAAGCUCAAGAAGAUCCAUGCAGGACGAUGCAACAGUCUGGAGGACUGUAAGGAGGAGUGCCUCUUCAACUCUGUGUGUCUGGUGGAACAGCUGAAGGCCCGCUGCUCCUGCGAUCCCAUCGAAUGUGACGGCACCUACAAGCCUGUGUGCGGCAAGGACGGCCACACCUACACCAACGACUGUGUUCGACGCAAGGCGGAGUGUCUGAGCAAGACCCUUAUCCCCAUCAAGGAGCCAGGGCCCUGUGAUCUCAGCAUACCAAGCCCCUGCUUGAAUAAGACGUGCGAUCAUGGGGCACUGUGCGUGGUCAAAAACAACAAGCCAGUGUGCGAGUGCCCCGAGGCCUGCCCACAAACGUCUGACCCAGUGUGCGGAUCCGAUGGCCACAGCUACGGCAGUUCCUGCGAGAUGCGAGCGAUGGGUUGUGCCCUACAGAAGGCCAUCCACAUCCAACACAAAGGACCCUGCGAUGAGGCUUGUGCCAACUGCUCUUUCGGGGCAAUCUGCGAUGCCCAGAGCGGGCAGUGUGUGUGUGCUUCAGAGUGUGUGGUGUCCCACCAGCCUGUGUGUGGCAGCGAUGGCACCACCUACAAUAGCGAGUGUGAGCUGCACGUGCGGGCCUGCAAUGAACAGAUGGACCUCCGAGUGGUCAGCCAAGGAGAGUGCAAAACAUGCGGCAGCACUGUUUGUGCCUGGGGUGCCCGGUGUGUCCAGAAUAAGUGUGAGUGCCCACAGUGCUCAGGCGAGGCCUUCUCCCCAGUAUGUGGAAGUGAUAGCACCACCUACAACAAUGAGUGUGAACUCCGCAUGUCCUCCUGCAUGCAGAAGAGGAGAAUUGAUGUGGCAAAGCCCGGCAGCUGUGACGAAGACUGUGGCUCAGGAGCGUCAGGCUCAGGGGCAGAGAGCUGUGAACAAGAACACUGUCGCAUAUUUGGUGGCUCGUGGGAUGAGGAUGCAGAGGACGACCGUUGUGUCUGUGACUUCACCUGCCAAAGUGUGCUUACCAACCUGGUUUGUGGCUCAGAUGGAAAAAACUACAGCAAUGAGUGUGAGCUGAAGAAGGCCAGAUGUGAGAAACAAGAGCACUUGUUGAUUCAGAAUCAGGGACCCUGUACAGUGAUUUCAGCCACAUCUCUGCCUGAGCCCACAUCACCCCAGCACUGCAGUCUGUCUGUGUACGGCUGCUGCUCCGACAACGUGACAGCUGCCUUAGGAGUUGGACUGGCUGGAUGUCCCAGUACCUGUCAGUGUAAUGUCCACGGUUCCUACAAGGGGACAUGUGAUCCAGCCACCGGCCAGUGCUCAUGUAAGCCGGGUGUCGGGGGACAGAAGUGUGACCGCUGCGAGCCGGGCUUCUGGAACUUCCGUGGCAUUGUGACAGAGAACAUGAGCGGCUGCACACCGUGUAAAUGCAACGCCACGGGCUCUGUCCGAGAUGACUGCGAGCAGAUGUCGGGUCUGUGUUCCUGCAAGACCGGAGUGAAGGGCAUGAAGUGCAACAUGUGUCCAGAUGGAAGCAAGAUGGGCAUGAAUGGCUGUGACAAAGGUCCCGAGGCCCCAACUUCAUGUGAAGAGUUAGUGUGCAGUUUUGGAGCUUCUUGCAUCAAGGUGAACAGCCAAGCUCACUGCGAGUGCCCUCCACCGGACUGUGAUGAGAAAAAUAAAACCAAGGUGUGUGGCUCAGAUGGGGUGACCUAUGCCGACCAGUGCCAGCUGAGGACCAUAGCCUGUAGGCAGGACAAGGACAUCACAGUGAAACACUCCGGACAGUGCACAGAAAUCAUCUCUGAGCCGGCAGACCGACCCACCCCCAACCCCUCCAUCACCACCCCUGCCCCCUUCCACCCCAACAACGUGUGGGCCAUCCCGCCUCCGAGGACGGCCGAAAGCGAGACCACUGAGCAGCCCACAGCCACCACCCCCUUUACCACCCUCACCCACAACCGCGCACGAGCAAACCACCGCCACCCCAUCCACACCCAGCCGCAGUCCACCGCUGCCACCACCUCCUCCUCUCGCAGCAGCCCUGCCCCGUCUGCCGCUGCAACUUCCUUCGAGGGCUCGGGCAGCGGUGAGCCAAGCGGUGACGACGGGACUGAAGAAGAGGAUGAGCAGGAAGUGGAAGGAGGUAGCGGCAUCCCAACGGAGGCCAGUGGGGCAGAGGAGCCUGUCGGUCCCACGGUAUCAAGUACCACUGUACCCACAGCUGAGGACCGGUCAUCCUGUGACAACACAGAGUUCGGCUGCUGCCCUGAUGGCAAGACACCGUCCAGCACUCCAGAGGGCGCCAACUGCCCCUCCACCAUGAGGUUCAGCGGUUUCCUGCACUUGGACCAGGUGGAGGGCCAAGAGAUUUUCUACACCCCCGAGAUGGAGGACCCCAAGUCAGAGCUGUUUGGAGAGACGGCCCGCAGCAUAGAGAGUGCUCUCAAUGAGUUGUUCAGGAAAUCGGAGGUGCGCAAAGACUUUAUGAGUGUUCGUGUUCGUAACCUGGCGCCCAGCAACUCUAUCCUGGCCUUUGUGGAGGCACACUUCAAACCAGAUACGAGAUACACAGUGGAGGACAUGGAAAGGGCCCUGCUGAAACAGCUGAAGGCCUCCAAAGAGACCAGCAUCGCCGUGAAGAAGCCAGAGGAUGAGAAUAUCCGCUUCACCAAUUAUGGCCUCUCCUCCAUCCCCUUCUUCACCACCACUACCACCACCACGGCGUCAAUCACCACAGCUGCUCCUACCACCACCACGACCACCACCAGGCCUGUGCCAACUUCUCCAUACAUCACCCGUCGCCCACCAGGCACUACUCGCAGGCCUUACAAUGGCAGACGUACCACCACAACCUCAGUGCCUGUCACCACGCCUCUUCCAACCACCACCACCACCACCACCACGGCAGCUGUCACCACAACUGCGCAGCCUCCAGCCACCACCAUAGCCCAUGUUAGGGGUAGGCUUCACCACAAGGCUCAGAAGCCCUGCAGCUCCCACCCCUGCCUCCACGGGGGCACCUGCGAGGACAAUGGCAGCGACUUCAGCUGCAAGUGCCCCGCAGGGCGAGGAGGCUCAGUGUGUGAAAAGUUGAUCAAGUACUUCAUCCCGUCAUUUGGAGGCCAAUCGUACUUGGCUUUUCAAACCAUGAGUGCCUAUCACACGGUCCGCAUUGCUAUGGAGUUCAGAGCAUCCGAGACGACCGGCAUCCUGCUCUACAAUGGCCAGGAUCGCAAGAAGGACUUCAUCUCUCUGUCUCUGGUCAAUGGCAGGGUGGAGCUCAGGUUCAACACAGGUUCGGGGACAGGGACAGUGGUCAGCAAAGUACAAAUCAAUCAGGGCCGCUGGCAUCAGCUGGUGGUGACACGCAACCGGCGCAGCGCCAUGCUCAGCGUGGACAACGAGCCGCACAUCGUGGGCGAGAGUCCACACGGCACAGACGGCCUCAACCUCGACACCCACCUGUUCAUUGGAGGAGUGCCCGAGGAAAUGAAGCAGGAUGUAAGGGAAAGGACAGCGGUGGCCACAGGUCUGGUGGGCUGCAUCCGCUUGCUGGAUGUCAACAACCGGGUGCUCAACCUGCAGGAGAACGGUGGUGACAGUCUGUACGGCAGCGGUGUGGGUGAAUGUGGCAACAACCCCUGCCAGCCAAAUCCAUGCAAGAAUGGCGCUGCAUGCCAGGUCAAGGAGGCAGAGAUGUUCCACUGCAAGUGCAGCAAAGGAUUUUGGGGUCCAACUUGUGCUGACGUCCAUGACCCAUGCGAGCCCAACAGGUGCCAUCCAUCUUCCCAGUGCCAGGCGCUGCCCGAGGGAGGCUACAAAUGCGAAUGUCCCAUGGGACGUGAAGGGAGGCACUGUGAGAAAGUGGCUGAGCGGAGAGGGGCUUACAUGCCACUAUUCAACGGAGACUCUUUCCUGGAGCUGAAAGGGCUCCAUCUCUAUGGGCAUGACCUGCGUCAAAAGCUCAGCAUGACAGUGAUUCUCAUGGCCAAUGACUCCAAUGGUCUGAUCUUCUAUAACGGCCAAAAGUCUGACGGAAAAGGAGAUUUCAUCUCUCUGUCACUCAGUGAGGGGAUCCUGGAGUUCCGCUACGACCUGGGGAAGGGACCCGCUACCAUCAGGAGUAAGGAAGCAAUCCAGCUGAACGUGUGGAACACUAUCAACCUGGAGCGUUCCAACCGCAAGGGAGAGAUCAUGGUGAACAAGAAGGACCCUGUCCGAGGGGAGGCACCAAACCUGCACGUAGAUCUUAACCUGAAAGAGUCUCUUUUUGUUGGUGGAGCUCCCGAUUACAGCCGACUAGCAAGGGUCGCUGCACUCACGGAUGGCUUCAAGGGAACAAUCCAAAAGAUCAUUCUGAUGGGUACCCCCAUCCUCAGAGAGGAGAAUGCCCUGCGCUCCAGCAACGUAGCCAUGUUCCAGGACCACCCUUGUUCCCAGGAGCCCUGCCACAACGGCGGCCGCUGCAAUCCCCAGCUGGACACCUACGAGUGCAUUUGCCUCAGUGGUUUCUCAGGAGGACACUGUCAGAAUACCAUCUACGAGAAGUCUGCCGGAGAGACAGAAGCCAUCGCGUUUGAUGGGCGGACGUUCAUCGAGUACCACAACGCUGUUACAAAGAGUGAAAAGGCUCUGCUGGUGAACAAAUUUGAGCUGAGCAUCCGGACGGAGGCGACCCAGGGCCUGGUGCUGUGGAGCGGGAAGGGCGUGGAACGCUCUGACUACAUUGCCCUGGCCAUUGUGGACGGACAUGUCCAGAUGACGUACGAUUUGGGCUCCAAGCCCGUGGUGCUGCGCUCCUCAGUGCGGGUUGACACCAACCGCUGGAUACGCAUUAAGGCUAGCAGAGCACUUAGAGACGGCUCUCUACAGGUUGGCAAUGAAGCAGCAGUAACAGGGUCGUCGCCUUUGGCAGCAACACAGCUGGACACAGACGGAGCGCUCUGGUUGGGUGGUCUGGAGGAGCUGGUGGUGGCCCGUCGGUUACCCAAGGCCUACAGCACCGGCUUUGUUGGCUGCAUCAAGGAUGUGGUGGUGGACGGCGUGGAGCUCCACCUGGUGGAGGACGCCUUAAACAGCCCUAAAAUAUUACACUGUUCCGCCGCCAAAUAACCUGGCAGAGACAAAAUAUUAAAGGAAAAAUGAGAAAAAAAUGAAACCCUCCCACCUGGUCCCUCCAUAGCACCCAUGUCUCCUGCUGUAAUUAUUUUGUAUUUUUGUAUACUUUUCAUCGCUUUUUAUAUGGAAAGAAAAUGAAUAUGUUGUUUUGAUUUUUGUUUUAUAUAUUUUGUUCUUCUUUUUUUUUAUCUGCACCUCCGUUCACAGAACACACUUUCUUUUCUUUACUCCCAUAGCCCUUCAGCUUUUUCAAAAAGCAGGCUUCUCUGUGAAAAAGAGAUCUUUUAUUCUUGUCAGUUUUGUUGUUUUAAAACAAACGUCAGCAUAAAAAAAUAAUUGCUUGCUUCUUUUCUUCGCUCAUUACUUGAACACUGAUGGACCUUGCUGAUGAUCCCUGGUUACUGCUUUGUCUUGGUGCCAUAUCUAUCGUCCACAUUCCCCAAGCAUGGCCUAUACAUUCAUGAAUAUAAAGACUUACAUUCCCCCGUGUAAGCUGGACGCAGAGUAUGCUGUGGCCAGUGUGUGCAGUUCUGUAAUGCUGCAGCCAGCUUGCAUCUCCAGUCAAGAAACUGUAUUCAGCCCCGGUAACCCUCUGUAUUUUCCUAAUGGGACUUUUCAGAUAUUAGUCAAGCUGCUACAGUGAGAAAGUACACAGUCAAAACCACUCGAUCAACCCCCAUCUCACAGCGCCAAGAAAAAAGGAAAAAACUCUCCACUCGAUCUGAAUCCCAUCAGAGCCUUUAGUUUUGAAAUAUGACUCACGAACACUGCAACCCGACAUCACGGAGAGAGAGCGCUGCGUUCCACAAUGACUCGCAUAUCAUUAGUCAUAAGUCAAGACAUGAAUCAUAGACAUGAAUAAAUGUUAUAAAUAUAGAGUAUAUAAAUAAUACCUGAGACUGUGAAUAUGUAAGAUGGGUUCUCUUUGCAGAAUUGUGCUUCUCAUGUAAUAUUGUGCGUUCUGUUUUACAAUCAGCAGAUGAACUAAUGAUGACCACUAUAAAUGCAUGCACUUCUGCAGUGUUGGUUUGAAUCUGGUUUUGUUUGUUUGUUUUUUUUAUUCACAUUUUGUUCCAAAAAAAAAACAAACUUUCUAUUUUGGAAAAUGUCACUUUUUGGGGGUUUGUUUGUUUGUUUUUUGCAAUAACUAUAAAACUAUUACUUUUUUUCUUUUAGAACCACUGAUGUAAUUUCAGAAAAUACAGAGCUCAGAAUAAUGUUUUACAUUUGUUCAUUCCCUGUAUCUUUUUUGGUCGUCUUUAUUUUUCUUGGGAGCAGUUAGUUUUGCAGGACCAUAAAUGAUGCAUAAGGGGUUGUUACCAUAUCUGACCUUAAGGAGGUGCUGAAAGCAAAGACUGAAGAAAAGGACAGACAGAAAGGAGGCAAGAAGAGAUCUUAUCAUUGGGAAGUGCUACUACACUUGGGAAUGUCCUGUGAAACGACAGUCAGUCGUCAGUACAAACAAAAAUGCUGCCUGAAACUUAAUUUUGUUUUCCCGUAUUUGACCUAGGAGCAUUCCUGGAGGAGUCUUUAUUUGGCUGGUGAGAGAGACUGUGACGUUGUUGUGACCUUUUCAAGCCAUAACAGCCGCAAAAAUGGGAAAAGAUGCAUAACCCUACAGUACUUGCAAAUUAACAUAGUAACGCAUGGAUUUGUAUUACUAGUGCAAAUUCUGUACCAUUCAGUGAACUGAUGCAACGUGGAGCCGUCUUUGCUGAACCACAAUAAGCUGCGAUGACUGACUUAAAGACACUUGUUUUGAUAUGAGAACCUUGGCAAUAUUAUAAGAAAAAAAUCAUGCCUGUUCGUGAUAGAGUAUCAAAUGGUCUUUUUUUUCAUAAUUAUGUUUUCCUUCUUAAAUCAUCAAACAACCUGUUUUUGUACAGCCCUGCAAGUUUAAAGUGUAAAUUUAGCAAAUGUGUGAUCUGUGGAGGUUUAUGUUUUUAGUAAUAUACACUGGAACCAUGUCUGACUUGUCUGUUCACCCACACGAUGAUAUACCUUUGUACAUGGGGGAGGGAUAGCCCUAAAGCUAUAACUGUGUUGUGUGUAAUCAAGCUCUGAGUGUCCACACCAGAUUAGGAAAACCUUUCUGGUGUACUAAGACACGUUGAAAUUCCAGCACUCACUCUACUAACCUUAGACUGGUCUAAUUUUACCACACCGUUCACUGAAUUUGAUGAAUUUGGUAAGACUGAAUAAAAGAGAGCGAUUCCUGUGUAUUUGGAAGGACUUAAGAACAAUGAAGACAAUUGCAGUCUAUGGUUUGGGUGGAAACUAUUAGUUGCCUUAAAAACUGGUCACCCUGACUCUGAGCAGGUGGCAAAGCCGUUAUCCAUAUAACUGUUUCCUUACUUUAGCCAGUGUAUUAGCCUCAUCCCCAUAAUGUAAAUGAGUAAUAAAUAAUAAUGAUAACUAUAUUAGUAAUAAUGCUCAUACAGAAAUAAAUCCCAGGGGGGCUCUGCAAUUGUCCCCUCUGGCUUUUUACAAAAAAUCUUCUAUUUACUGUUUUUUGAAUCUAUUUUCUGUUCCUUAUUUAUGUCUACAUGUGAUUACCCUCCAUUUCUGGCCUCUGUAAACUACUGUCUGACUGCGCAAACCUCUUCAAAGGGCAAUGCACCGAGUAAGAGUGGCAUGACCUGAACAUUACUAACUUUAUGACCUUUGUCUUGUGUUCCUACCACCAUGAAAUAAAAUGUCAACCAAAUGGGAA